AUGAGCACCGGCAUCAACAUCGGCGAUAUCAAGCGUGUUACACAGACUCGACCGCCUAUUACUCGCAACCUUUCUAACCUGACCCAGCGUCUUAGGCGUGCUGUCCGUGCUAUUAUGGAACAGGGCCAGGCCAUUACCUUCCUGCAGUACUAUUACUUCAACGACGAGAAGGAUGACCCUCUUCCGCCUAGUGUCGCUCCUGGUGUCGCUCCGAUUGUAGCAACCGCGGGUCCAUCAUCGGAUCUUGUACGACGCAAUCCAUCGCGUACUCGCAUGUUGCCUAGCAGGCUUCGAAAAUCCCAAACACCCGGCGAAGAGGCUGGUGUUGCUAAGGAUGAAGAUGGUGACGACUUCACCAAUGCUAGCUCCGUGGUUAACGAGGUUUCUGACCCAGCCUUCGGUACCCGUAAGAAGAAGCCUAAGCAGUACGGAGCCAACGGUUUGAAAGUCUGGAACAAGAAUGAGAUCCAGGCUCGCGAGAAGAUCCCGCCAAUAUGGCUCGCCCUCGUUAACAGCGGCUGUCCUCGCAAGGAACACAAGCGGAUGUAUUAUCAGGACCUACCGCCGGAAGGCCAGUGCUGCAACCAGGAGUUCCUAGACAUUGACGUGUAUCCAGAGAAGGAUUUGGAAAGCACGAGCGGUAUUAUCUUGCCGCCGCAGCACAUGCGUCGCAUUAAAGCGCCGACUGCCUUACCCAAUGUCGGAACACGCCAGUAUUGCGCCGUGCCUCUGCUCGAGCAGUGGCUGUCACAACAUGCUGCAUCCAAGCUUCCUGGAUACGAUAAUCCCUUUGGCAACAUGUUCUUCGACAUUCCGGCGCAGACCCUCAUGGAGCAGACUCUGAUCUGGGAUCUGGCUAAUGUCUUCACUCAGGCAGCCAAGGCAAGCAAGUGGUCGCUAUUGACCGAGGCCGCAAUGGAUGCGAAGGCCAAGGAGUUUGCGGAGUGGCGAAAGCUGAACCAGGCCAAAUUCGACGCCGUCGGCCUGAGCAUACAGAAUCUGAUGACUGCCUUUAAUAGCAUGGCGCCGCAGGUGUAUGCCGACUGGGAGGCAUACAAGGAGCGUGUGGCUGCUGAGAAGGACGCUCGCAAGAAGGCUGAUGCACUUGCUGUCGCUGCUACGCUUGGGGGUGAUGCAGGUGUAGGCACUGCACAGGCUAGCGCCACAUCUGACACCGAAGCCUCUCGUCGUAAGCGCAUGAUGGAUGCUAUCGCCAGAUCCGGUUUGACAGAAGCUGGUCGUCUAUCGCAACAAGAGAAGCAGUCGCAGUCGCAACCGAAGACACCAGCAGCCGGUUCAUCUAAGCAGAAGACUCCAGCAACUGGUUCGUCCAACACUGGCGGUGGCGCACUCCCACCUCAGGACCCCGUCAACUACGUUAGCAACUUCGACGAUGAGCCAUCUUCUAGAGACCAGGCCAAGCUGUGGUGUCGCUUCCUUGACCUUCCACCAUACAACGUCGGUCUCGCUGUGUAUCGCGCUCGCUUGAAGGAGUACUACGCACCAACUGGCAAGACGGGUGUUUCUUUCCCAACCCAAGAAGACAUGAACCGCAGCUUUGCCAACAUCGAUGACACAGACACCGAGGAUGAGUUUGGCGGUGAGAUCGACCUGGGUACAAUGGACAUCGACCGUCCGCAGUCCCCAUUGUCUCGUCGUCGUGAGCAGAACGAGUCACCACCACCGGAUGAGCCAGUAUCCAAGCGUCCAAAAGCCGCCAUACAAGCACCAUCCUCAGAUUAUGGCUCCACCUUGGACCCAGCGACAGCCGAUCUAGCGCUGUCCAAUGCCCAUCGCGAGAGUCGUACGCGCGGCAGGCAGCCAAAUGAGCAGUACCGGGAGUUCAUGUCCAGCAGUCGUGGUGGCAGUCGUGCGGGCAGUAGGAGUUGGCAGUAG